GCCUCUUGUGCCCCGAUCUCAGGUAGGCCUGGAAAGAGGCAACAAUGCCUCUCUCUCAGACCACAGCCUCAGGAUAAAGCCCCACUGCUGGCAAGUAGGGCCCCAGCGGCCCCAGCCCAGAAUCUAGUUAACUCCCAGAUUGAACUACCAUGAAACUACACCGAAAGUCCGUGCUCAGUUUCUUCCACGGAUACAGAACACAGGCUCCAGACCGGGAGGGCAUCUUGCUAAAGAAGGGAGCCCGAAAUAUCAGCUAUCAACGCCGCUGGUUUGUCCUCCGGGGAAACCUCCUCUUCUACCUGGAGCACCAGGCAGACCGCACACCCCUGGGCCUCAUCCUCUUAGAAAACUGCCAGGUGGAGCCACGCCUCGGGGCCACAGAACCCUAUGCCUUUACCAUCUUGACCCCCGGGGUUGAGGGCACAGAAGGUGGGCGGACCUACAAGCUGGCAGCAGAAAACCAGGGAGAGCUGGCAGCGUGGCUGUGGGCACUGGCUGGGGUGAGCUGGAGGCGGCUGGUGGCGCUACUACCCCCACUGGAGGCCCAGUACCGGGAGCUGUGCCAGGCAGCUGGCCAAGAACCCAGCUCACCCCCAGAGGCCUGUGGCUUCCUAGCCACCCUCAGUCCCCCCUCCAGCUUCCAGGAGUUGCACGAGCACUUUGGGAAAGAGAUCCGGGUGCUGCAGGUGGUGCGUAGAGGACUCCAGUCCAGUGACAACAGAGGCAGCAGAUCCCAGGCAAAGGGGGAGCAGGAGCUCAACAGUUGUUGAUGAGUGACUGAAAGAUGGACCAAAGGCCAAAAGGUCCCUCCCUGCCAAGACCAGCUGAGUGCUUCAGCAGACACCCAGAUCCUGGCCUGCUCCAUUGUUUCCUCCCCACCCCCACCCCACCUAGUUCUUAUUCUAACUCCCUUUAUCAAAUAACAAGGCAGGAGACAGGCCCAGGUACAACA